AUGGAGAUAUCACGAGAAGAGCUCAAGCUAGUGGUCACUCCCUUGCACGGAUUCACUAUGGACAGCAUCAACUCCAAUGGAAGCGUCACACUACCUCUGUCGGUCAGCCUUAUGCUCUCUCCGGGUCUUCAUUGCCAGCCACAUGUUCUUGAUGAAAUUCCCAACCAAAGCUGGUGUGGGAUAUGUGAAGGGCAACCAACAAAAAGCUAG